AUGGAGGAGACAGUGGUGCGGCCCUCGGUGUUCGUGGUGGAUGGACAGACGGACAUCCCAUUCAGGAGGCUGGAGCGCAACCCCGGGAAACAGCCCUGCAGUGCUGCCAGGCUGGGCCUGGGCGUCCUGCUGCUGCUGCUGGUGGCCGGGCUGGCCGUGCAGGGCUGGUUCCUGCUGCAGCUGCACUGGCGCCUGGGGCAGAUGGUCACCUCGUUGCCAUUGCCGGAGGGAGAUGCAGGAUCCUGGGAGCAGCUAAUUCAAGAGCGGAGGUCCCACCAGGCCAACCCAGCAGCACAUCUGACAGGGGCCAACUCCAGCUUGAUGGGCAAAGGGGGCCCACUGCUGUGGGAGACGAAGCUGGGCCUGGCCUUCCUGAGGAAUCUCGGCUACCGCGACGGCGCCCUGGUCAUCGCCCGAGCCGGCUACUAUUACAUCUACUCCAAGGUGCAGCUGGGUGGCCUGGGCUGCCCGCAGGGGCUGACCGGAGGCCUGCCCAUCACCCACGGCCUCUACAAGCGCACGCCUCGCUAUCCUGAGGAGCUGGAGCUGCUGGUCAGCCGGCGGUCGCCCUGUGGGCAAGGGACCAGCUCCCGUGUCUGGUGGGACAGCAGCUUCCUGGGUGGGGUGGUGCACCUGGAUGCUGGGGAGGAGGUGAUCGUCCGUGUGCCAGAGCAGCACCUGAUCCGGCUUCGUGAUGGCACCCGGUCCUACUUCGGGGCUUUCAUGGUGUGA